UAGAUCCGUUUGUGCUUUGAUCAAUUAAGUCAAUAUGACCGGUCGUGGAAAGGGAGGAAAGGGAUUGGGAAAAGGAGGAGCGAAGCGCCAUAGAAAAGUUCUUCGUGAUAACAUCCAGGGAAUUACGAAGCCAGCUAUUCGCCGUCUCGCUCGCCGUGGUGGUGUCAAACGUAUCUCUGGUUUGAUAUAUGAAGAAACUAGAGGUGUCCUUAAAGUCUUCCUUGAGAACGUUAUUCGUGAUGCUGUUACUUACACCGAACAUGCCAAGAGGAAGACAGUAACCGCCAUGGAUGUGGUCUAUGCUCUGAAACGUCAAGGACGUACCCUUUACGGUUUUGGAGGUUAAGCGCUCCCAUCUGCGACAAAACGGCCCUUUUAAGGGCCAUCAAUAACUUUUUACGUGAUGACUCAGCAAUUUCGCAAUAGUUUUUCAAAGAGAGAUACCAAUCUUUUCUUGCAGACCAUACAAAAAAAAGUAAUACUCUUCGUUUACUUAAUUCAAGAUAUUACAUGCAACAGACAUGUUUCUGUAAUAACUUCGUAGUCGUUAAUUGUAUAUUUUUAAGAGUGAAAACUGCAUUCAAUGGCGCAAAUGCAUAUCGUGUAAUCAACUUGCUUUUAGAUAUUUAAGAUUGAAAGUAAAAUGUGAUUCUACAUUUUUGUAACACCGAAAUAUUGUAUGUUAAUUGAAAAUGAUUUUUCUAGUUUUUAGUAGUUUCGGUGUUAAAUUGUGUUCAGUUGAAUAAUACUGCCAUAAUUUAAUGAAUAAAGUUAAUAGGAAUUUAAACACAAAAGGUAUAUUUUUUAGUAUACAUAAUGAUGUAUUAUAUUUUGAAUAUGCGAGAUUAGUUGAGGAAUUCAACAGUUAUUCUUAUAUUGCGUCAAUUAUGUGGAAUUUGUCAUUGUAUGAAGGUAAAAAGCUUGUAUGUGUUCUUCUAGUUAUAACGUAAUUAGUUAUUAAAAUUCAGUUAAAUAUUUUUCGAAAUUGCAAUUAGUAUAACAUGCUCCUUAUAAAAACUGCGAUUCUAUUUUUUUUUGCUCAAUUUACAUUAUUUGAAAGCUGAUUAUGAGCUAUCAAAUUGACAAAUCAAAUAGUAUUACGUAAUAUCCAGUUUAGUUAUGUACCUCCUGAGUAUCAAUCAUAUUUCAUUUACCAUUAAGAAUAAAUAUGGUCAAUAGAAUAUUUAAUGAUGUAGCAAUACAAUUUUUAUUGUGUUUUGCGAUGUAAUUCAUGCACAUAAAGCGAUAAUGUGCGUUUUUUAAAUUGUGUUGACAUGUUACUUAAUCUCUGAAGUUAUCGGGAUAUAUAAAUAAAUUAA